GACGAAGGUGGUUGCCGGUAGCGCGAGCGAGACCGGCCGAAAAGGCGAGACACGACAGGCUCCAAUCCGGGACACGGUGGAGCCUCGGACUCACGAGUAGGGGAAACCCGUGUGCGGGGGUGUGGGUAUGGAUCGGCCGCAGUAUCCGCGGAGACGCGAUCGCGGGUACUCGGUGUGUUUGGGCGUGCUCGGGGGGGCUUUAGGUGAAUACCGAGUACAAACGCGAGGAGUGUUGAAAAUCAAUCGGAUUGUGAUACCGUGAUACACACAGCGUGGGUCAGACACAGGGAGCGAACCUCGCUCGGCCUCGGCCGGCCGCGGGUCCCCGUGGUUGGGUCCGAUGGAAAUUUCCGUCUCCGCUCGCAGCCGAGAGCAGCCUAUUACUAUCACCUCCUCGUGUUCCUAUCGAGUCGCGGCGCGAAGAUACGGAGAAUGCUGGCGCGCGAGUAUUGGAGGAAGAAUUGCACGUUGCGUGCAAAGUGUCGACCGAGUUAGGAACACGUAGGGAGGAGUGAGACAGACAGAGAGAGAGAGAGAGAGAGAGAGAGAGAGAGAGAGAGAGAGACUGCUCUUCGGUAUCGUUUUGAUCUCGCCGCUCAUCGUCGAUGAUGCCGCGGCCCUCGCGCGAUACCUAUGGUGAUCAGAAACCGCCCUACUCCUACAUAUCGCUGACGGCGAUGGCGAUAUGGUCGUCGAGGGACAAGAUGCUACCGCUCGCCGAGAUUUACAAAUUCAUCGCCGACCGUUUCCCGUACUAUAGGAAGGACACGCGACGAUGGCAAAACUCCUUGAGGCACAACUUGUCCUUCAACGAUUGCUUCAUUAAGGUACCGCGCGGUCCGCAUCGUCCGGGAAAGGGAGCCUACUGGGCCUUGCAUCCCGCCGCACUGUCCAUGUUCGAGAACGGUUCGCUCCUUCGCCGACGGAAGCGCUUCAAACUGCACAAACCGGACAAGGAGCUGCUCAAGUCGGAGCUGCAGGCGCUCGCUUCGGCGAUGCCGCCGCCGUUGCCACCGCCGCCGCCUCCGCCACCGCCACCGCCGCCGCCGCCGCCGCCACCGCCCGAGCCGCAGCCGCAACCGCAUCCAGAACAGGUCGCGUCGACCGGCGGCGGAAUCAUCGACGCGAGCGGGACGUGUCCCGGUAACGGUCUCAGCCUGGCGAAUCUUCAUCGUUUGCGGGACGACCUGCUGCGAUGGGAGAUACAGGAGAGGCGAAUGAUGGUCGCUACCGCCUCGAAUCACGGUGAUUUCACCGGCGCGGCUAGUUUCGGCCGAUUCGACGGUGCCGUCGUCGCCGCCGCUGCCGCCGCCGCCGCCGCCGCCGCCUGCCAGCAGCCGACCGCGCCUGAAGCUGUCACCGCCGGCUACUACCUACUGUCACCCGAAGUGAGACAGAGACUCGCGGGCGGUGCCGCCGACGGCGGUAACGACAUUCUGAGAACGUACGAAGCCGCCGCCUUGCUGCAUUCCGCCGCUUCCUGGAACUUUCCUGCUUUUCCGGCGGUUUCGCCCUCGUACGCGGUAUCGCAAAUGCCGUACAUUCAACAGACCACCGCCACCGGCAGACAGGUAAUGCAGCAUUCGACGCGGGACAUGCGGGAUGAGCGCCGUCUGUCGGGGGGCGAGCGUGCUCUGGAGAACGGACCGCCAGAAAACGAGACGGUCUUCACGGGUGAGAAUAAUUACGAGAUUACGGCUUACAACCGUGAUAAACUCACCGAGGAGGAACCGCUCUCGUCCUCCUCGUCCUCGUCCUCGUCAUCCAGAAUGAAUCUCUAUCGAAGCACCGCCCUGACCACCGUCACCGUCGCCACCUCGUCGCCGCCAACGUCGCCCACCAUCGCCUCGCCGAAUUCGCUCGCCUCCUGCAAAUCGUCCUAUCGCCACCUCUCGCCGAUCUCGAGUUUGGCGGUGGAGGUCGAGCGAACUCAGUUGCCCUCGAAUCGCGAGGAUCAUGUCGUUCUUACCGCAACGAAUUCGGAAAAAAGGUUUAAGAAACCGUUCACUAUCGAGAAUAUCAUUGCGCCCGACGACAACAACGAGGGUAGCGGCGGCGAUGGCGGUGGCGGUGGUAGGAUUGGUACUGGUACCGCGGCCGAUGAGGAAACCUCGUCGAGAUUGACGGACGAGCCGAUCGCGAAAAAGUCUUCGCUCCUCGUGCCGAGACCACUCUACGCCGGGUAUUCGAUGUCGAUCGCAACUACGGGUGUUCAGAGGCCGUCCUAUGGCACCGCCACUUGAACUUUCUUCGUUGUCUCGUCGUCGAAAGGCUUAGUUGAAUGACGCGUGAGUUCGUAACGCGUCUCGAAGACGUUUAAAGAAGUUUGUUUUCUCAAAGAUUCCGAGCGUGCUUUCAACAGCUCUACCGCGUCCCCCGAAUGUGUUUGUGCCGUUUGCGUGUACAUUCCACCUUCAUUUAUCCGAUAUCUUUUGCGCGAAGAGAUGAGAGAGAAUAUGGUUCGCGCCACGCGCUGUUACAGCUAUGCCUAAAUCGGACCAUGGCAGUCGUAUACCCGUACCAAAUUCUAUUUAGAAACGUAUGAAGAAUUUUCGUCAGAUUUUCUUAGGUAAGCGAAGGUGCGAAAUGUAUUUAAAGGAAAUCCGCAGAAUUUCUAUUUACUAUUGACGUCUCGCGCGAAAUCGACACUGUCUUAUUCCAUGGCAACGAGAUGAUCGCGAUGCAAUCGAUUGGACGUGCAAAAUGCUGCCAUCUUUUUUGUCCAAUUUACUAUGAGUCGACGCGAAUCGACGCGAAUCGACGCGAUGCAGAUAUAGGGAGACAUCGUAGACAAAAUGUUAGUUCCUCGUUUCGUAAAGGCCAUCCUUUUAUCGGGAGGUCUUUGCUCGCUGAUAUGGGUUUUUGUUUCGCGCCUCGCGAGAAUCGCUUGGUCACAAUCUCUCUCUCUCUCUCUCUAAACUUACAAACUGUCCGCUGAGCAGUUAGCUAGAGUUAUUCAUAAUUUACGGCUAUCGCAUGAGCGCAAAAAAUUGAUUGUUAUCAACCGUAAUACCCCGAAUCGACGGCAGCGCGCGACGUUGUGCACAAAAAUAAUAAUUAUCGCUCGAACAAAGUUUCGCCUACAUAAUUAACUAAUUAGACGAUCUCUAAACGAUUAGGCGCAGGCGCGGACACGGGCGCGGGCGCGGGCGCGAGCACAGCUAUACCGAUGUUAGGUUUGGCGCAAAAAUAUAAGUAACAAUAUGAAGCUGACUUUGAGAUUCAUAUGUCAAUAUGUAUUUCAAAGAGUGUGUUUCUUUUGUGCUGUGUAACUAUUAAUUGGGAUAUUUUGUAUAAAAGAAACAAAAAGUGCCGGUUUUAAUUAUCAUCGAUUGAAAAAGUCUUCUUUUCGACGCACGCGCUUUGCGGGAAUAAUUGUAUAGAAAAAACACCACGUGCUAUUUAUUUUUUAUGAUGCAAACCAUGAAGCAAACAGCAAACAUAUACCUUGCUCACGUAUUUAUUCUGUCCUUUUUGUAAAAAUGUAAAUAUAUUUAUAGGUUAAUAUAACUAACUUAUUAAUAAUUGAAUUUUAGGCAAACCAAUCACACUGGUUUGAAAAGUAGAUUAAGAUUUACAUCGUAAAUUAUUUUUAUAACGUGAAACUCUUUAAAGAAAAUUCUUAAAACAGCCAUACGUUUUACUGUCAAAAAAUAGAUACAAAGGUACUUGAUAUUUUUUUUAUAAAAAUAUGUCCAAUUAAUAGUCUCGGUAUUAAAUCUGUAAAAUUUAAAACUGCAUCGUUAUGAUAUCGUCAGAUUUUCGUGGAAUACCAAGUGCGUUUUCUUGCGUAAUGUGCCGUUGAUUAAAUUAUAAGCCUUGCAUUUCUUAAAACAAGAGGCUGCUCGUUACAUUUGUGCAUUGUCGCAUCCAUCUAUAUUCUGUACUCGUACUCGCUCGAGCAAAAACGAUUUGUAAAUGUAGAAACGAUUCGUAGCGAAAUAAAUUAUUGUAUAUACGUAGAAUAACGAUA